AGCUUUUGAAGCGUAUUUGAAACGCAUUGUAUGCGCCAUUUUUGGGAAUCUUACAUGGUGAAACAAUCCAUGUAAUCAUGAAUUUAGUAAGAUUUUUGAUGAAACUCAGUCAUGAAACGGUGACGAUAGAGCUGAAAAAUGGAACACAAGUCCACGGCACCAUAACAGGUGUAGACAUCAGUAUGAACACACAUUUAAAAGCUGUGAAAAUGACACUCAAGAACAAAGACCCAGUACAGAUCGACUCUCUGAGUAUUCGUGGAAACAAUGUGCGUUACUUCAUCCUCCCCGACAGCCUUCCCUUAGACACUCUUCUCAUUGACGACACACCCAAGACCAAGGCAAAGAAGAGCAGGGAAGCUGGUGGCAUGAGCCGUGGACGUGGUCGUGGACGUGGAGGCGGCCGUGGAAGGGGAGGCGGUGGCCGUGGAGGCAGGGGGCGUGGUCGCAGGUAGACGACGGCAUUCCAUCAGUGUUUUCCAACUGGAGAAUGUCAUCACUUCAUUGCAAUAUGUGUUGUAUGUGAUCUUUGUGGAGAUGGACAGACUAUUGACUAGAUUAUACAAAUCUCCACAGGAAAAAUGUUAUAGUUUGUCAAGGUGCUACUAAUCUGGGAAAAGCUUGACAACAUUUCUAAUGGAACUGUUUACUUGUUAGGGUUUCUAUCCAGGUUAGUUGUUGUGCAUUAUACUGGAUGGCAGAAUAACAAAUUUGUGUAGGCUUUGAGGGCUUUAAUGCAUAACUUCAUUCUUGUAUCCGAUUACGUUUUUGAAAAAAAAAGAUAUACAACUUUUAAUUAUGAGAUCAAGUUCUGGGGGUAGAACCUCAUUUAAAGUACACCAUAGAUAUUUUGAUUAAUUAACAAUAAAAAACCCGCAGGUUGAUAAACGGAAAGCACAACAGCAUUGACUAUCUGUGAAUUCAAAAUGUUUUGGAUUACGGAUGGAACUGAAGUGAUGUCUGGAGGCAAAAAAGGUGAACCAUCUGUAACAGCCGAGUCAAAUUCAGAAUAAUUUUCAGAUGGAUCAGUGAUCAGUGGGUUUAAUGUAGACCCGAAGAUUUUAUAGUGACUUCAGAAAUCCCAGUGACAGUACAGACUGUGAUUGGAAUCACGUUAAACAUUCUACAUCCACAUGUAUCAUGUUUUUCAGUUCAUCUUCAUCUUAAUGUCAUUGUUUCAUGAUAAUAAAUCAUAUAAAUUUCAAAGUUAA